AUGCUCGACAACGGCCUCGGUCCUUUCCAGAAAUGGCAGAUCGAGAAUGAUGCAGCGGUUCUGGACCAGUGCUCAAACCGCGCGAAGCCAGGAGAGCACAGUCCCAAAGCACUGCGACGGCACAAAGAGUUGAACUAUCCGCUAAACAUGUACCGGCAUGUUCAGAAUGUCAAGGCUUUCCAAGCACGAGACAGGAGAUUCGCGAUGCCAAAUGUCAGAUACAUCAACGUGGACUUCGGUUGCGGCGGGCCUUUCUCCGCAGAAUGUUUAACGGGAUGGGAUGGAACCGGAUUACUGACGCACCGUUUGCACCUUUGGAGUGACGCGAUCACUCACCCAAAGCCAUGCAAUCAUGAGUGCUUGGCAGGAUGGAGUGGAGCGGACCUGGACACAUACCGCCAGCAAACCUGGGCUGGUGACAAUGUCAAGAACUGGGGAAGUUUCGAUUACCCCAAGUCCGCCGCCGAGUACGUGUUCAAUCACACCGAACAUUGGGCUGUACUCGACUACAGCAAUGUCAGUCACCUGCACGCGGACCAGUUUGAUUGGCACGGUGACAAUAUCGUGAGGAAACAUACCCUUCCGAAUGGCCAAGUGGUGCACGUGCCGGAAACGGUGCUGGUGCCGGUGCCAGAGAGUCUUGACCAGGUCUUGCGCGAGAUGAGCCGGGUGUCGCUGCCGGAGGAGAUCGACCAAGCUUCAAUCGAAGAUAUUCUGGGACGGCUGCCGGAAGCCUUCGAGGAGGAGGAGCCGUUGUCAGGGGAGGGUUCAGAACCGUCAGCAGAUAUUGCCGAGGUUUCUGAAAGUUGUUCAACGUUGGUGAAUGACCCGGUCGACGAGCCAAAGCCGAUACCGGUGGAGACACCGGAAAUGGCGGAGGCGCGGAGGCAAAUGGCAAGGGAAGUGAUGAGGGAGAAAUUGAAGAGGGAUUUCUCCGAGGGAAAGCAGAAGAUGAUCGACGGAGAGGACAACAUUUCUGCGGAAGGUGCAGUGGCCAACAAAACGGGCAACGAAUCUGACGAAGCUGUCAAUGACGAAGAACGUGGAGCAAAGGAAGCGGUUUUGACAACUUCAUCUAGCAUGGAGACGAUAUGUGCUGCUCUUCCGAACCCAACAACGACACAGACUGCAGCUAAUCCAUCCACCCUCGCCCCUACCGCUCCCCCCACCGCUCUCGACCGCCAACCCCAAGACCAGCGCCACGAACUCCCUCCAUCCGAUCCCGACGAAGCGGCCAGCUCACCGAUCGACGACGUCGGUGACGAUUUCUACGGUACGCAGGAAAACGAGGAGGAGGAGGAGUCGUCGGCAGGGUUCUGA